ACGGCGGCUGCAACCCCUUCCAUCCGCGGCGGCCGCGAGGCUGCCUGCAGUCGACGUCGAAGCGGAGGCGCGCGAGCGUCGAUGCCCGCGCCGAUCAGUCCGCGCGGGACGCUCGACGAGCGAGGAUCGCGUUCUCCGGCUUGCCUUGCUCUCGAAGUCUCUCUCUCAGGUGCGUCGGUGGUUAACGGCGCGGGAGGGCGAGAAAGAGCGCUAGUAGUUUUUCGCACGCAAUUCCGCUGGGCCGACGGUGUCGUGGGGGAAGGCGAGAAAAAAAACGGCGGCGAUCAUAGAGGAGCAUUUCUCGCGAGACGACCCCAGGGGCAUCGGAGCACAGAUGGUGAGAGGAUCGUUACCUGAUAUCGCAGUGACGAUGGCAUCGGGCAGGGAAAUCCACGGUGCUUUCAGCCUCAUCGUGGACGACGUGGACUCCCACUCGAUCCUCAGCGACGGCUCCGACCUGGACGGGCUGUCGCGCGAGAGCAGCUCGCAGAACUCGGCGUCGCAGACGCCGCUGGACAGCCCCGGCGGGCCGCGGGAGAGGAUCAAGCAGAUUCAGGUGGAGGCCGAGACCAGGCGGGGCGAGUUCGCCAGGCUGCUGGAGGAGCACGCGCAGGUGGUGCGCAAGCUGAAGAUGAUGGAGGCGGAGGAGCAGCUGUCGGCGACGACGACGGCGGCGGCGACGGCGACCGGGAACGCGGCGGUCAUCGGCGGCGCGCACGCGUGAUUUUACGACUUCGUCAGCGACGCCGGGACGAGGGUGACGCCGAGGGUCGGGACCACCGCGUCGACGACCGUCGUACGACCGACCACCACCGUCUCACCGCGUUUCCCCCUCGUCCGCCGCGACCGCGAGGCCGUCCGUCGCGAUUCGCCGACAAGACGCGGAUAACGUCACCGAUCGCCGGACGUUCCGACUCUUGACCCUCGGAUGCGCCCCGGACGGGCCUCCGAAAUGCACGCGGAUACACACGGGGUGAACGUUUGCGGGGAAGUAACGGGCGCAUCCGAGUGCUCAUUGCAGGGGCAAGGAGACACGGACUCGGAGAGGACUUCUCUUGCUUUGCUUUCGUUUUUCCUUUGCGCGUUACGUAAUUCCGCUCCCUGAUUUCCGUUUCGGUUUAGUUGGAAUAAAGACUGAAACCCAAUUGGAGGUAAACUGAUGAAAUUUCUGAAAGUUAGCUUCAUAUUGUGUUUGGCAAUUGGAAAAAGAAAAAUGAUCAUCGGUCUCGCGUGUUUAUGGAAAUUCAAAUAAAUUGGAAGUCUAAUAAAGCUUGCUUUACAUGGUUGCAAGUAUAUAUAACUUCUCGCGACUUUAUUUGCGAUUAAUCUGUGCCGUUUGAAAAAUUCGAGACGUUAACACAUGUAAAUUCGAAGCGAAGCCUUUCUACGUCAUCCGAUUUCGCGGGGUCGAAUUAAAGCAAGUCCGAUUGGCAGGAUCGACAUCCGCGAGCCGUGCAUCAGCUUCCCGCGACAGGGAUCGUCCUUAUUUAAUCCUUGUUUGCAACAAAGUCUGAAUAAAAAAAAAAACCUACUAGACACGACAAUAAUGAGGAACACUUUUAAUGUGGGGACGUGCGCGAAAGCCGCGGUUGCGUAUUGUUCACAACGCGUGGAACAGGGAACUCCCGCCCGUUCGAACUAGCUCAGCAGCAACGGCUGGCCUAAGCGUAGUACAAAUUUUGCAGUGAAGUCUUAAUAAAAGAAAAAAAUAUGAAAAAAGAGGUGCGAGCGAGCGAGCGCGAGAGAGAGAGAGAGAGAGAGAGAGAGAGAGAGAGAGAGAGAGAGAGAGAGAACAAGAUUUCCGUAAUCACGGGACUCGGCGAGCGAGAGUCAAUCGCGCCGUCGUUUCGCGGAGGAAACGCAGGUGCUGGAGUGGAUAUGGUGUCGUACACGAACACACGUAGCCUACUCUCGAGACACAACGGGGUGUACAAGCUUCUACGUUUUAUAUAGUGUUGUAGAGUUGAGUGUUCCAUAUAAGUGUAAGCUAGUUUUGUAAUAUCCGUAAAUAUACGUGUACGAGAAGGGCGGAUCUGGCCGGGUCUGGCGGAUCGCGGCUCUUUUGUAAAUAGAUUUCUUUCCAUUGCCACACACGCGCGACGAGGCCCGGUCGCACCGAUCGAUUGUCGCCGAUUAAUCCCGAUCAGCGACUUUCCGCGUCGCAGUUCCCAACGCGUGGACUGAAUUUCAAAACUGAUGUCGAACUGCAGGAGUCGCUUAUUUUUUUCUCGAACGAUAUUCGGUUAACCAAAUUUCGUCUUAAUGACAAUAGUUAAUGUGGCCAAUAAAGGAUUAUAAGAAAUGUUAAUGGCAUCGACGUUAAAGCAUUGUUUGUGAAAAAUACGAUAAGAUGUGUGAAUUAAACAUUGGCGCGCUAAUUUUCAUCUUGUAAGUAAAUUGCAAUUAAAACUGUAAGAAAAAAGGGACACAAAGUGUUGGAGACGACGAGUAUCGGUGCGAUCGGGUCUCGGUGAUUCACGAAGCACGAGAGGAAUCGGGAACCCGAGGAAGAGACGCGUCGAAGAAAGCGAUGCUACUUAAUUUCGCCAUUUCACUCUUAACGUUAGGGAACUUGUAUAAAACACGGGGCGAAUCUCUCGACACGGCGACACUUUACUAAUUUUCCACGCGCACCGCGCCAGACCCGCAUCCAGAUGACAUAGGUAUUAUUAGGCAUUUAUAGACUUAUAUAUACAUACUUAAAGAGAGAUACAUAAGUAGACCGGUGUUAAAUAAUAUAGCUCUAGUGUAAAGAUGUGUCUAUUAUUGCACAUUGUGCCAGCCUACGCCAGUCGGCAAUCAGGACAUCUUUUCCUCGCUUAAUUCGCAAGACGUCACGAGAUAAAUCGUCAAUUCGAACUGAAUUGCCAAUCGUUCUCUCGUACACCAAUUUAGAUAACGACCGCUCACUUUGCGUUUUUCGAGUAUACGAUUACGUAGGAGCGCAUGAGCCAAGUAAAUCUUCAUGAAACUCUAAGUCCCCGACGUGUGUUUAAAGAGAUAGAAAACGCGCGCUAUUUAUAGAAAUUACGUAUGUGGUUUUUCUUCUUCAGCAACCCGAGAUUCUUGAGAACAGACGAAGGUACCUCGGGAAAGAUAUCCUGAUCGCCGCGUCCGCGACUGGCGCAUCGUGCGAAUGAGGAAGACGAGCCCUAGAAUACGUAAGGAAUAGACAGGAAUGAUUUUAGCUGCUCAGAAACGUAAGAUGCUUUAAAGGAAAUUUCGCGACUGAAAGUGAUACUGCGAGGCAAUAAUUUCUCCAACAUACUCGGGAAGACUGCGGACUAGCGCGGGAAACGAGACGGAAAAUCUGCAUUAUUUUUGCUGCGAGAUUCCUACGGACGUUACUAUUACGUUAAGAAAACUGCAGAGAUACAUACGUAUAAAGUUUAUACGUAUACUAUAAACCCUAUUAAUUAUCACCGUAUGUAGUUUUUACUUAUACUAUUAUUCGUACGACUGCAUGUUAUAGAGGCGGCUGUAUAUGAUAUAUACAUUUAUCAAGUUUGUAACGAAACUGCUCUGACAAUGAGAGAAGACGCUAUUCUGAUUUCGCGCGAGCAUCGCGAGCGAGGAGGACAAAAAAAACAACAACGUGGCUCGGUGUAGCGAGUAUAUUUUAUCGGUUUUACUUUCUACCGCUGCAGUGAGCCAUACGGCAUUGCUUUUUGAGACUCGAGAAAAACGUGCGAUGUAAUAUUAUAUCACGCCGAGUUAAUGUUAACGUAAUCGAGAUUUAUAUGUAAAUUUUUGAUGUAAUACCGUAACGUGUGAGAUACGACGAUACACGCUGUUGAGUUUUGUUAAGAGAAGCCGCUGCUUGACUAAUUAUUUAUAUAGCCUCAUGUAUGCGAAAUAAUAAUGUAUGUAAAAUGAUGGUUGCUACUGGAAAAAAUAUACAUAUAUUUUAUUGAGUUGACAA